CCUGACGCCGCGGCCUGUGGUUGCGAGCUGUCGGAGUCGGUGUUCCACUCUUAAGGUUCCCCGACAGCCGGUGGCGGCGCGGGUCUAGGCCUGGGCCAGGGUUCGUUCCAGGACCGGGCGGGUUUGUACCCGCGCGGCGAGCUCCGCCGGCUGCUGUGGGGUCCCGGCUCCCCGCUGGGUGGCUGGGGCUUUGGGGACCGUCCCCUGAGGGCCGUCCCGCGUCGAACCUCCAGGACCGCGCGUCCCGGGGCUCGUGGAAGAGAAGACUCGAAAAUAGGGCAAGUUGCUCGCGCUGCUUGAGGACCAGGCUUUUUCACCGCGAGGGUCUCCCGAUCUGCGCUCCAGCCGCGAGAGAGGCCUUGGUUCCGCGCUUUACGGAGGAAGAACCUCGGGCCGGGAAAGGUGAAGUCCGCGGACAGGCGGUGCGGCCGGGAGCUGCCGGAUUGAGAUUCGGAGCGAGUCCGGCUGGCGCCCGAGCUGCCGGCGUUUGCCUUCUGCGGGGUUCUCGGGGUGGGAGGUGGCCUUGGCGGGCCGUUUCUGGGCCACAGAAUCGGUUAGGUCUGGGGUGGGGGCUCCGAAAUCUCUCUUCCCAGCAGCUGUGCCCCGGCCGGUAACAGCGUCCUACUCCCCUGGGAACAGAGCGAGAGCUACAGCGCAGUGUGUUCAGAGCUUUUGACCCUCCCGUUGAGAGGAAAUAAAUGCAAGCUGUCGCGACACAUCUUGAGGGUGUCGAGGGGUGGCAUUUGACUCUGCCGUUAGCUCUUUUGGGGGCAGAUGGCAGUCUCCGUCAUCUCCCUGCCUGUUAAAGAAGGAAUUCUAUGCUUCUCACCUGGGGAAAUUUGUUCAGUGCACAGAUUCCUGGGCUCGCCCCAGCUCAGAAGGUCUGGGGAAGGUCUGGAAAUUGGAGUGCCAAAUAAGCCAUAAAACGAGCUCGUCACCUGCGAGGACUCGAAAUGUGACGCUUUCUUAGAGCAAUAAAGAAAGGAAUCAUAGGUUCAGAACAUGUGGCUUGGACCUCCCUGGGUUGGUCUCUUUAGUAGCUAUGCUCCUGUAUUUGCUGUGAGCUCAAAAUUUAAUGGCAGAAAUGCCAAAUUAGUAUACUGAGUAUUAGGAGGUGGUUUUGUUUUGUUUUGUUUUUUCAGUUGACUGAAAACUGGAAGUUAAUGAAGUUUGAAUGUUAAUUUACCUCCUGUUGACGGCCCAAGUGACUCUGGGUGAGCCGCUUAACCUUGUAGUCAUCAUCUGUGCCCCCUUCGCAACAUCUCCCGCGAUGCUUGUCGCAAAGACGAACACUUGGAUCCAUCCUGAGAUGGAUCCAUUCUGAGACAGACCAUGGAUACCCUCGUGUGGUUUUAAUCAGGAAUGAAAUCUGAAAGCUAAGAACAGAAGCGUUUUUGGUCAAUAUGGAGGACAAAAGACGGCGAGCCCGAGUGCAGGGAGCCUGGGCUGGUCCCCCUAAGAGCCAGGCCCCUGCUCAGCCAGCCACCACUGCGAAGAGCCAUCUCCACCAGAGACCUGGUCAGACAUGGAUGAACAAGGAGCAUCAUCUUGCAGACAGACAGUUUGUGUUCAAAGAACCCCAGCAAGUAGUACGCAGAGCUCCAGAGCCACGGGUAAUUGACAAAGAGGGUGUGUAUGAAAUCAGCAUGUCACCCACAGGCAUAUCUAGGGUGUGUUUGUAUCCUGGCUUUAUUAACUUAAAAGAAGCUGACUGGGUAUUGGAACAGCUUUGUGAGGUCGUUCCCUGGAAACAGAGGACUGGCAUCAGAGACGAUGUAACUUACAAGCAACCAAGACUUACAGCAUGGUAUGGAGAACUUCCUUACACUUACUCAAGAAUCACUAUGGAACCAAAUCCUCACUGGCAUCCUGUGCUGCGCACACUGAAGGACCAAAUCGAGGAAAACACUGGCCACACCUUCAACUCCUUGCUCUGCAAUCUGUACCGAAACGAGAAGGACAGUGUCGACUGGCACAGCGACGAUGAACCUUCGCUAGGGAGAUGCCCCGUCGUCGCUUCACUGAGCUUCGGCGCCACACGCACUUUUGAGAUGAGAAGGAAACCCCCGCCAGAAGAGAACGGAGACUACACGUAUGUGGAAAGAGUGAAGAUACCCUUGGAUCAUGGGACCUUGUUAAUCAUGGAAGGAGCGACACAAGCUGACUGGCAGCAUCGAGUGCCCAAAGAGUACCACUCUAGAGAACCGAGAAUAAACUUGACCUUUCGGACAGUUUAUCCAGACCCUGGAGGGGCGCACUGGUGAUAUGAGAGCUUUGAGAGAGAAACUGUGCUGAGACCGAACAAAUCCUCCGCCGUGAAGAAACUUCCAGAGGCUGGUCCGGCUGAUCUCGCAGGGAGGCUGUUCAGAAGACAAGGGUGGGAUUUGCUUCCUGGCUUCGGAGUCCUAUUAAAUGAGAGCCAGCGGGUCACAUUUAUACUGUGUUUACUGUGGGAACAGUACCCCUAAUCACAUCUUAAAAUCACAGAGCUUCUUUAGGCAAAUUAAAAACUGCUGUGGCUGUACUCUCGG